GCGUUGGAACUGGGGACGGAACUGCUGAAGGGUGGCCAAAUAAACACCGGAGAUGAAGGAAUGAAUAGAUUUUACCGUUUGAAGCUGCAUCAGUAACCCCCCCCCCCUCCAUAGUGAAUGUUAUCUGAGCAUCCUGGGAGAACAGCCUCUGUUAGCUGCUGCUAGCUAGCCAUAGCUGCUGGGCUUUAGGAGAAACAACAUGGCUGCUGCGGAGCUCGAAUGGAUCCCAGAGAGCCUCUACAACACCGCUAUCUCCGCGGUGGUGGACAACUACAGCCGCUCCAGGAGGGACAUCCGCUCACUGCCGGAGAACAUCCAGUUCGAUGUUUACUACAAGCUCUACCAGCAGGGCCGACUCUGUCAGCUGGGAGGAGAGUUCUGUGAGCUGGAGGUGUUCGCUAAAGUCCUACGAGCCUCAGACAAACGGUGAGGCUCCCACUGCUCCUCAGCCUGCCGCUCUGCUAGCAUCAUUCUAGUCAUAG